GCUAAAAUCCAGAAGCGAAUCAGGAAGACGAGUGAGAAGAGAAGAAGCAAUGGGGAGAAAGAAGGGAUUGCCGGAGUUUGAAGAGACGGCGCCGGAUGGCUUCGAUCCGGCGAAUCCAUACAAGGAUCCGGUGGCGAUGGUGGAAAUGAGAGAGCACAUCGUCCGCGAAAAGUGGAUCCAGAUCGAGAAGGCUAAGAUCAUGCGCGAGAAGGUCAAAUGGUGUUACCGCGUCGAAGGAGUCAACCAUUACCAGAAAUGCCGUCAUCUCGUCCAGCAGUACCUCGACUCCACUCGCGGCGUCGGCUGGGGGAAAGACCACCGUCCUAUGUCGCUCCACGGUCCUAAGCCUGAGGCUGUUGAAGCUGAAUAAUGAUUUGCGUGUGAUUAAUCUGAGGUGACGGAGCUUUUAAUACAAGACAUGAAAAGGUCUUUGGACUCUGCAGAUUUGCUCUUGUUUGUUCUUUUUCUUUUGUUGAAACAUGUCAGUCUUUGGACUGGCGGAUACAUGGAAGGGUUUUUAUAAGCUUCAGUAAUGUAUUGAAGAAACUACACUCAACAUUAGUCUUUCAUUAUGCUACCCAAAUAAGUCCAUUUUUUUCUU